UCCGAGCCGCCACACAGUCUGAACCGUCUUUUCUUCCUCCCUGGCCCGGGCUUCUUCUCCCUUCCCUCACACUAGAGGCAGAGAGCGAGCGAGAGGAGAGAGACGAGAGAGCCACAGAUAGAGAUAGAGAGAGGAGUGCUGAUGGUGAGGCAAGAGGAGGAGCAGCAGCAGUAGAAUCCAUUAGGGAAUAGGAACACACAUCGCGUCUCCAUCGCCACUGCAUUGAACCAUCCAAGGUUGCAUCUUUAGGAGUCGGAUGUCCUCUUAGCGUCGUCCCCUGUUCUUGAUUUAUUGGAGAAAAACGUCUUCUUCUUUUUUCGUUUCUUUUCUUUGAGCAAUGGAGGUGUUGGGGUUUUCUGCUUCCCGCUCGCUGGGUUUUGCCGUCGUCGCCGUCAUCGCCGCCGUGCGGGCUCUGCAGAGGGUGAGCAGCCCCAGCAUGCUCUCCAUUGUCCAGUCUUUCUAGAUGUUUUAGGUCAUUUGUUCCUAUAAAUUAUUUGAUUCUUUUGUACUAAGAAUUCUUGUAAACCCCCAUUUUUUCCUGCAUAUACAGCAUAACAUACACAUAGCCACCUCAUAAACAUUCAUUUUUUUCUUUUUUCUUUUUUUGCCCAAAGAGAACUGACGAAAUUCUUUUCAAGAAACAAACUCCUCUUUCUUUUGUACAUCGAUUCAUAUACAACUCACCUCACAAAGAUCUCAAGCAAUAGCCAGAUAGCAGAGAGAGACAGAGAGUUGAGGGAGAGAGGCAGAACGAGAGAGAACAGAGUGAGAAGUGAAUCAACAGAGAGGAGGAGGAGGAAGCAGACGAAGAGGAAGGCACAGUUGCACAGAGGAGGAGAGGAGUAGAUCUCUUCGAGGCACGUCGCAUCCGGCCUGGUCUCCGGGAUGUUGGCUGGUUGCUCCUUCUCGUCGUCGAGGUAUCAGAUGAGCACCGCGCAGCGCUUCGACAUCCUCCCCUGCGGCUUCUCCAAGCGGGGCAACCGUGGCGACGGCGGUGCCACCCCACGCGUCGCGGCAGGCGACACCAGGAGCGGCGGUGCCACCUGCUCCUUCCGUGCCCACCCGGCGCCGCCGGUCACCCAGUCGGUUUCCUGGGGCGCCAAGCCAGAGCCCGGCGACAACGGCGCCGACUGUGUCUGGGAGAGGAGCAGAGCUGUUAAGCGGGCCCAUGAGGAGGACGCCGUUGAGGAGUAUGGCGGCCCCAUUGUUCGCGCCAAGCGGACAAGAAUGGGCGGCGACGGAGAUAAGGUAUGGUUCCAUCAAUCCAUUGCAGGGAAAGUGCGACAAGCUGCGGCAGGGGAAGGAGAAGAAGCGGAGGAGGAGAAGGUCUUCUUGGUGCCGAGCGCCGCGGCGUUCCCCCACGGCAUGGCCGCCGCGGGGCCGUCGCUGGCCGCGGCCAAGAAGGAGGAGUUUAGCAAGUCGCCGUCCAACUCGCCGUCCUCGUCGGGCGGCACGGACGGCGGUUCGUCGGCGGUGCCGCCGCCCGAGGCCCACGCGAGGAACGGCGUGCCGGCGCCCGGGGAGGCGGGGCGGGAGGCGAUGGAGCUCGUGGGCGCGCUCACAGCAUGCGCCGACUCCCUCGCCGCUUGCAACCAAGACGCCGCCAACUACUACCUGGCGCGGCUCGGGGAGAUGGCCUCGCCGGCGGGGCCCACACCGAUGCACCGCGUGGCCGCCUACUUCGCCGAGGCCCUCGCGCUCCGCAUGGUGCGCAUGUGGCCGCACGUGUUCGACGUCACCCCGCCGCGGGAGCUCACCGACGGCGCCGUCGGCGACGACGACGGAAUGGCGCUGCGGAUACUCAACACCAUUACCCCAAUCCCGCGGUUCUUGCACUUCACUCUCAACGAGAGGCUGCUCCGCGCGUUCGACGGCCACGAUCGCGUGCACGUCAUCGACUUCGACAUAAAGCAGGGGCUCCAGUGGCCGGGCCUUCUCCAGAGCCUCGCCGCGCGGGCUAGCCCCCCGGCGCACGUUCGGAUCACUGGCGUCGGCGAGUCAAGGCAUGAGCUGCAAGAGACCGGCGAGCGGCUGGGGCACGUGGCCGCCUCGCUCGGGCUCGCGUUCGAGUUCCACGCCGUGGUGGACCGGCUUGAGGACGUCCGCCUGUGGAUGCUCCAUGUCAAGCGCGGUGAGUGCGUCGCCGUGAACUGCGUACUCGCCGCGCACCGGCUGCUCCGCGAUGAGACCGGCGCCGCGCUUGCCGAUUUCCUCGGGCUCGCGAGCAGCACGGGCGCCGCCAUCCUCCUCCUCGGCGAGCACGAGGACGCCCUCAACUCCGGGCGGUGGGAGGCGCGGUUCGCGCGCGCACUGCGGUACUACGCCGCGGCGUUUGACACGGUGGACGCGGCCGGUCUGGCACAUGCAAGCCCUGCGAGGGCCAAGGCGGAGGAGCUGUUCACACGGGAGAUCCGCAACGCGGUGGCGUUCGAAGGCUCCGACCGGUUCGAGCGGCACGAGACCUUCGCAGGGUGGCGGCGGCGCAUGGAGGACGGCGGGUUCAAGAACGCUAGUAUCGGCGACCGGGAGGCGAUGCAGGGGCGCAUGAUCGCGAGGAUGUUCGCGCCUGGCAACUACAGCGUGCAGGCGCAGGGCGACGGCGAGGGGCUCACGCUCUGGUGGCUGGACCAGGCGAUGUACACUGUGUCGGCAUGGACGCCGGCGAGCGACGGCGCCGGAGGCAGCACGGUGUCUGCGUCCGUGUCCACCACAGCAUCCCAUUCUCAGCAAAGCUGAAUGGAGAAGGUUUGAAGAAGAAAGAACAGACAUUUUCAGUGGUUCUUUUGCUGUUAGGUGAUCAUUCAUUAGUUCAUAAUACAGUCUGACAAUUCUUUUAUACAUUCAGAAGGACAAAAAAAAAAGGUGAAAGAAAUAACAGCCUUUUGUUUUAUAGUUGAUAGGAUGAAAGAUUCAAUUGUUAGUAGUUGUAAUUCUAUAUUCUUUUGGCUGCCGAGUCCCCUGCAAAAUUAGCUGCAUGUUAUGUAGAAGCGAAAGAGUUGUAGAGCAGGGUCUCUCACAGCGUAUACGGAUGUCUCCAGUUGUUAUACAUGUCAUAUUACAUGCCAUUCUUUCGCCAUAUUUGUUUAGAUAUUUGUAACUUGUAAUCUCUGUUCAGAGUCAGAAGGAAAUGGAAUCAAAUACUAUUUCAUCUUU